AAUUGCAUGAAGAUAUCGAAGCGCUCCAUUUUCGAAAUGUGAUGGAUCUUGAAAAAUAUAUCGACUAUCCAGAAGAAUUAAAAAUACAUGAAGCAUUAAGCAACCAAGAAAUAGUAGAUCUAGCCGCUAACUCAGAACUUGAGGAGGAUAAAAGCAAUGGGAUGAUGACAGCACAGAAAUGCAUCAAAUUACCCAUAAUGAAGCACUAA